AUGGAUUGUGAAUUCGAACUUGGGGACGACACCUUGUACUCAGUCAAAUGGUACAGGGAUAAUGAGGAAUUCUACAGAUACAUGCCUAAGUAUGACCCGCCUAAGCACGCUUACAAAAUGGACGGGGUAAAGGUCGAACUGUCGAAAUCAGACGAGCGGCGAGUCGUCUUGCACCAGGUGACCCUCAAAUCAUCUGGCCUGUACAGAUGUGAGGUCUCGGCGGAAGCCCCGAGUUUCGCAUCCGCCGCUGGCGAAGGAAGAAUGGAUGUUAUUUAUUUACCAAGAGAGGCUCCUAGAAUAACAGGCAACGAACAAGAGAAUAGAAAAGGGGACUCCUUAUUUCUGAACUGCACUUCCAGUCGAUCGUACCCUGCGGCAGUCCUUAGUUGGGAUAUUGACGGUGAAAAGGUGACCGACCCAAACUUACUAGUACAGUACCCACCAAUACAACAUGCGCACGGGCUGGUAUCAACAGCUCUAGGAUUGUUGGUGCCCACAGGAAGAACCAUGCAAGUAAAAUGUACUGCCCGUGUUGCGCCCGCAUGGCGGGAGGGAAGCGAAGCUGUUGUGGGCAAUAGCCAGCUAGCUGACAGUAAAGAAGCUAUGUUAUUAGGUGAGCGGGAAGCAUAA